UCCAAUGUCCUUAAGAGCAGAAGGAUGUGACAGCCAGUAGUUUAAGACCACAGGGAUAAGAACGGUGUGUUCUGAUAGAGCACAGGAGGCCAGAGACCUGAUUGACACGAGGGCUGCUUUGAGGCAGAAGCACUAAUCUUGACUGCAGACUACUGAGGAGAUAAACCAUGGGAGUGUACAAUGAACAAGGGGCUGCCCUGGACGAACCAGAGACCCGCCAUAUCCUGAUGAAAGCAAGCAAAGGAGGGUCCCACCGCAGUCGACGCAUGGCAACUCCACUCUCCCUACGCAGACAGCUCAGCAAACUUCCCCCCAAAGAUAUCUUCAAUAACAUGAUGGUUAUGGUCGGGGGAUGGACCCGGGACGACCCAUCCUGUCUGGUAGAACAGUUCUGUCCUGAAUACAAUGAGUGGAGGACAGCAGCACGCAUGGUCAACAAUCGUGGCAAUGUGGCUGUGGGCACACUGGAUGGCAACAUCUACACAGUGGGUGGGGAAGAUCACAUCCGAUGUUACAGCAGUGUGGAGAGGUACAAUCCAGACACAGACAGCUGGAGCACAGAUGUAGCACCCUUGAGCAGCCCCCGCAGUGGAGUGUGUCUGGUGGCGAUGGACGGAUACCUGUACGCUAUUGGAGGACACGACGGCAUUGCUGCCAUAAAUACUGUGGAGAGGUAUGAUCCAAAUAUGAACAUGUGGAGCAAGCAGGCACCGAUGCUGACCAGACGCACCAGAGCAGUGGCUGCUGUGCUGGAGGGUCACUUGUAUGUGAUCGGAGGGAAUGAUGGUGACAUGGCUCUGAGCUCAGUGGAGCGAUACAACCCUGUAGAUGGUACUUGGUCGAUAUGCGCCCACAUGCUGAGUCCCAGAGAGAAUGCCGGCUGUGCCGUGUACCUAGGACACAUCUAUGUGGCUGGGGGCAAAGAUGAGCUAAACCUAGAGCUCUGUGCUGCUGAGAGAUUUAACCCGGUUACCAUGAAGUGGACUCCUGUCAAACGCAUGAGAAGCAAGAGGGACAACAUGUCCCUUGUAGUCUUCAAUGGUGCCUUGCUGGCUGUGGGAGGCUCUGAUGGUGUCACCAAUCUGAAAACAAUAGAAGUUUACUGUCAUGACACCAACACAUGGAGACACUUUGGAAGCAUGAAGUGCAAGCAUCCAGGAGGGAGAGUGGCUGUGCUGUGCUGAGACUCCACAAUGCUUGCAUUAUAUGAACAGGACAGAGGUGUUAUAGAGAACUAGCCUAAUGGAUGUACGUCAGCCUCCAGGACGCAUUGUGAUGUGGUUCAAGUAAGGCAACAUAAUGACUGAAUAAUUGAAGAGUUCACUCCAAAAUGAGACAUUGCUGCAUUAGUCAAAGCUGGCAACUGCUGUUAUAAAAUGACUGCGAGCAUUAAAUUAAAGCACAUUAUAGGCUACUGGGUUACCAUUAGAGUUAUGGGGAUUUUUAUGUCUUACAAAACAGACCGAUUUUAUAGAGAUGACUCAGUGGCAAAUAUAUUUCAGAUUGUAUUUUUUCCCCCAAAACAGAUCUACUGGAUUUUGAUACAAUCUUGAUACAAUAUGUUGAACAAUGCUGAUACGGCAAAGGAUUAGAAGAAUUGGAACAUCUGCAAUAAACAGAUAUUGGCUGAUAUAUCCACUCUAACCAUAAUAUUAGACAAAACCAUUACAAUGUCAAACAUGAUAAAGUGAUCUAGUGUUAAAAUAGUGCAAAAAUCCCACUUGGAAAUAUUAUGAUUAUUGUAGUGAUUAAUUAUUGAUGUGGAGUAACAGGUAUGAGGCAAAAAGAUGGAGGUAAACAUGGAAAUAAUGCAGGUGCUGGGUUAAAGAGUGUGCAGGAUUAGUAAGUGAAUCUUUCUUUUUCUAACUCAAUCUUUUGUCACUUACUAUUUUAAGAUGAGAGUAAUAACUUUAACCUUGAUGUAUUGUAAGGAUGCUUUGAAGGGAAGAAACUCAGGUGGCUGUUGGAAGAGAAGAGAGUGUACUGAAUGUUCACAGUAUAGUAAUAUGGCUGGUAAAAUAGCAUAAUGACAUAGAGAAAUAAUGUGUUUUAUGUUCUGAGCCUUUCUGAAAAUCUUUGAAUUGUUUUCUUUGAAAUGUUAAUGUUCAUCAUACGUGUGUGUUUCUCAUCAUCAACGUCUGUGAUCAUCUUGUAAAUGACUCAUCAUUAUUGACUGUAAACACUGAUUCGUCAUAUUUCAUCAUUUCAUCAGAAAUUGUUGUGCAAAAUCACAAAAAGAGAAUAAAGAAUAAAAAUCGGCUGGAUCAAGUUAGAGAAAAGACAUCUGUGGGAAUCAAGAUCUCGAGAUAAGCGAGAGAUUGAGUUCUGACUGCUGGCAUGGGAAAGCAUAAGAGGCUGUGUGGGCUUUAAAAUGAUGACGCUCAGAGCUCUUCCCCCUGGAGAAUAAUGGUCUGAAAUGUGGAGAGGCUGAGCACACAGGAACGCACACAGAGCAACACGUCUUUUCCGGAGACACAAGCCAGCGGUGUCUCCCUGCCGUCCCUCUGUGCACACAGAAUGAAUAUUUUUUUCAAUUUGAGGGGAAGCGUGGUGAGGCAAAUAGCAGAGGACAGACCUGUACCAGGUAUGUUUUACCAGAAGAAAUAACAUUUGCAGUGUAGUAAGAUGUUGUGUAUUUCUAGAAGUUGCCAAGACUUUGCAUGUACUGUGUAUGCUCCAUCACUGAUGUUGGAUAUUGGGAAAUUAUGCACAAAAAAAUAAGAAUAAAUAACUAAUUUGA